UUUCCGCUCGUAGCGCACAGCCUUUCAUGCCGUGAAGCCUGCAAGCGUGAAAUAAUAAUGGAUUAACUUGGAUUUAAAGUGAUGUUUCGAACUUUUUUCGUGGUGAAAAUUAUGGAAUGAUCAGAUGAGCCGGAAGCGGGCGGCUACUCCGGACGUCCAUCCGCCGCCAUCGCCCCAGCGGUAAGGAUACGAGAUAAGGGUUGGACGGCGGACGUCCACUGUCCAGUGUAACGGGAGAUUUGGACGUAAUAUACUGCUAAGUGUAUGCAGAAAUGGGAGGUUUCGGACGUAUAUAUACGGUAAAAUAUGCUGCGAUAGAGGCUUCUAGAGAUCUCACAUUCGAACAUAGACAAUAACAGAAUAGCCUUGCAAAUAAUGAACUCCACGGAAGCGAGCCUGGACGUCAAUAGGUCCACGCCGAUCUACACAAUCGGCACCAGCUUUAUCACACAAUGGAAACUUCAGAAGAUGAGACAGAGGUCAUGUUUUUCGUCCAGCACAGGAGAUUGCCAGGGAUACCUCAUCAAUAUCACCAACUACACUGAAAUGUUUUUCUUCAAUAGCUCCCUCGAUGACAAUAUCAAAGACGGAAUGCAAACAGUUCUACCGCCCUUUCCGUUGUGGCUAGCUGUGAUAAUAGCUACGUGUCUGUUGCUGGUGAUACUGCUGACUGUGAGCGGCAAUGUACUGGUGUUGCUGGCCUUCCUCGUCGACAGGACCAUCAGACAGCCCAGCAACUAUUUCAUCGCCUCACUCGCCGCCACAGACUUAUUGAUUGGUACCUUAUCUCUUCCAUUUUAUACAGACUACGUCCUAAAAGGCUAUUGGCAUUUAGGACCUUUGCUCUGUGACCUUUGGCUGUCCGUCGAUUACACGGUCUGUUUAGUAUCGCAAUAUACCGUCUUACUUAUAACCGUAGAUAGGUUUUGUAGUGUCAAAAUAGCUGCCAGAUAUAGAGCUUGGAGGACUAAGAACAGAGUUAUUUGGAUGGUAACAGUGACAUGGAUCAUACCUGCUCUACUAUUUUUCACUACAAUAUUUGGAUGGGAACAUUUCGUCGGAUACAGAGACUUGCAAGAGGGCGAAUGUGCCGUACAGUUUUUGAAAGAUCCUAUUUUUAACACAGCUUUGAUAAUAGGCUACUACUGGACCACUCUUUUUGUCCUGAUAGUAUUAUAUGCCGGAAUUUUUAAAACUGCUUACGACAUGCAAAAGAAAAGUGAAGCGAAACAAAGAAAAAUGCAAUCGAUGGUAGCUCUAAGCGCAGGAGUCAUGACUGGCAUGGCAGGACGAGCGGCCGGUAUGGCAGCUCUUUCUAAAACUACGAUAUCUAGCGAAGAUCAGAUAAAAGUUCCCGACACUGUUCGUAAAGAUUCGACCUCCAAAGGAUCCUUAGCAGCGCCAUUGAUGAACUUGGGUGGUUCCUCGGACUCUAACUCUAGCCAAAAGUCUUCAGCUCAUAAAAGUAGUGCCACUGGUACAGGGACUUCUACAACUGCGGAAUCUGAAGGAGAAAAAAAAGAAGAGCAAGUAGAAGCAGAAAGAUCCAGCAGUCCGGCUUUCGACUCCGAUGAUGAGAGCACAACUCAGACGAACGUCAAGAAAAGAUCAUCCGUUGCUAAUUUAGUAAUGCAAACUGGUGCUCUCCAGCUACUAAAUAAUAUGAGAUUAAACGGAGGCAUGAUCAUGAAGCCCGAUAUGAAAUCUCCUCAGAUGAAGCACGAUCUUGACAAGCCAAAGACUUCUCUAUCCCAAAUAUCGGAAAAAAGCCUUCUCGAUACAGAAAAUCCUGACACCUUACACAGUAACGGACACAAUCCUGCAGUAAGUGUACCUCUAUCCUCUGCUAGCUUCAUCUCACCAUUAUCAUCCGGUAUGGCUACUCCAUCUGAAAAAGAAGUACCAUCAACAAUUGCUCAAAGAAUUAUCCCUCCUCCAUAUGAGUUUAGGGGUAGCCCACCCGUUUCCGAAAGUCCUCCAUCAUAUUCAGAGUCCUCUCGAACUAAAAUUUUUCGUAUUAUCAAAAGUGACAUAAAUACGUGCGAUAUUCUUCUCGGUUUGGAUGGGGCUGAUUUGAGAUUCAUGGAUGAAUGUUCUAUCAUCAUUCCAACACCUACUAACGUCAGUCCUCCUUCUUCUAUCACAUUUCCAACAGCUACUGAGCCAUCAUCUCCACCUACAUUAAAUUCGGGUAAUAUAACAAAUAAUUCAUUAUUACAGGCUGCUCUAAUUCGAGCAACAGCUGAAGCUCAAGUAACACAACCUAAAACAAACUUUUCUCCUCCGCCUAUUAAAGUGAACACCGAGGUAAGUUUGACGUCAGGUGAAAGACCGAAACCCGUUAUAACCCUUGUCUCAACGUCUUCCAAUAACAAUGAACCUCAACCAUUAAAAUCUUCUGAGAGAAGAGUAUCGCCCUCGAAACAAAACGCUAUCAGUCCCGCCAUUGAAAACAGUGAAGUCUCAAGUCCAGCCGUAAGCGGACCGGGCCGUGGUGAUUCAAGAAAAGAGUUUGUAAAAAAUAUUGGAAAAAAGUUAAAGGUGAGACGAUCGAAACGUGACGGUUUCUUUCCGAGUAUCGGAAGACAAAAGUCGAAGUCGGAAAAUCGAGCUAGAAAAGCCUUUAGGACGAUAUCUUUUAUUCUCGGAGCGUUCGUUGUCUGUUGGACUCCUUAUCAUGUAUUAGCUCUAGUCGAGGGAUUUUGUACACACCCGCCAUGUAUAAAUCAACAUUUGUACAUGUUUUCGUAUUUCUUAUGCUACGCCAACAGUCCAAUCAAUCCAUUUUGCUAUGCCUUAGCUAAUCAGCAAUUUAAAAAAACUUUUACAAGGUUAUUAAAGGGAGACUUUCAUAUCACGUAGUCCAUAUUUGCUGGCUUUAGAUCGUAAAUAUGUAGACGUAGUAAGUACUGUCAUACAGUACACAAAUGUUACGCACACUCAAACUAAAGUAUUAUUGUUAGUUGUGCUAAUAAUAAUAAUA